AUGGCUAAGGAGAAGGCUGCCAAACCCUCCUCUGGUGGGGGAAAAACCAAGAAAAAGAAAUGGUCUAAAGGAAAAGUCAAAGACAAGGCCAAUAAUGCUGUGGUCCUCGAUAAAGCUACCUAUGACAAAUUAUUUAAGGAAGUACCAACCUAUAAACUCAUAACUCCGUCAGUUUUGGUUGACAGACUUCGUGUUAAUGGGUCUCUUGCCAGAGUUGCGAUCCGCGUGUUGGAAAAGGAGGGUUUAAUUCGAAAAAUUUCCACCCACGGCUCACAGCUCAUUUAUACUCGUGCUACUGCUGCAAUCGACAAGGCCGAAGAAAAAUAA